AUGGCUGGCACUUAUGAUACUGAAGAGCAGAGAAUUAUUGACAGAAUUACAUGUAUCGCCUUUCGUGAAGCUCGAGAUGCUGGUGCAACUUUUAUUAAUCGACAAUGGAUCGCGGAGAAAAUUCAUCGCUCCGUUCGAUUUGUUACAGACUGGCGGAAAAAGCAAUAUGAUCAAUGUUUUGCCAAUUAUUCCAAUGCUGGUCCUAAACUUAAAUUAUGA